AUGAGCACCAUCUCGCCGACGGACUUUGACAGCUUGGAGAUCCAGCAGCAGUACAACGACAUCAACAACCGCUGGGACCUGGCAGCAGAAACUGACUGGGACAAUGAGAACAGUUCAGCACGUCUCUUUGAGCGCUCACGCAUCAAAGCUCUUGCAGGUAUGUAACACAAAUGUCCAGUUUGCAUUAUUGCAUUGUGUCAACUCCCAACUGUCUAUUUCAAACAUCUUUACCAGUUAUACAAAAUUGAAUCAAAAAGGUAAAUCUAUUAGAAAUUGGCUUUCACGGAAAUUUAAAACGAUAUUGAGGCUAUUAUUAGUGCGUGCGAUAGAUUUUAUUGUGUGUGGUUAUGUGUAGCAACUGUCACCAGAGAAUUUCAGUGAGCUGUAAAAUGAAAAUAGCAAAGGAAGCUUAUUUGCGAACCAUUAGCUAGAAUUGAUGGACAAAUUGCUCAGCAGGGGUCUAUUAAAUCCUGCUGAGAGGAAAAUAUUGUGAGGGGAAUGACGUUAUGAUAGUUUGAAUAUUGCAGUUGUAAUACUUGAGUCAAAAUACAAACCAAAAAAGCAGUCAGCAAUAUUAGAGGCUUAUUUUUGAUCAUAUUUAACAAAUGUGCAGACAGUUACUUAAAGACCAUACUCCUCAAAAAGCUUCUCAAUAUAAUGGAAAUACUAGUUUUCAGAGAGCCUGGUUGAUAAUGUGUUUGGACUGAACAUUGAGGAAUGCUCAAAUUUAGUAGAAAACUUCAUGCAUUAACGACUGUACAGAAAAUAAUCACAACCAAGGAUUUAGCACAUUAGCUUUUGGAAGGUACAGUUAAAUUUAAGUAUUUAGAAUCUACACAGCAUUUUACCGUUUCUCAACAUAAGAAUUUUAACAGUUAAUGUAACUGGUACAACGGUUUUAAAAUAUGUAUUUUAGUUCUUUUUUGGUCACAUACUUUUACACUCUAAGGUCAAGCUGCUUCUGGCAGCCAGUCAUAGAUCACCAGAAGAAUUUUCUGUGACUGGUGGGGUACAACUGGUAAGGUGAUCAUGGUUAUCUAACAUGACAGCCAUUGACAGCACAGCUCUUGGAGGUUUGACAAUUAUUCUCCUGUCUAUUUUAAUGGUGAGGCUACCAGAGGAUGCUGCAGACAUUCUUAGAUCCCAUAAUUGAGUCUCACUCUCUAGAUAGACAUUCAAAGAACUGACAUGACAUGCAAAUUAAUGCCACAACACAUACUAAGCUGCUGCUUACAUUCACUGCUCUCUAGAGAAUACCUGUUAAUUUCUCUAUAACAUGAUCGCCUUAUUUCCUGCUUUACACCUUUGACACCUGAAUAAUUUACUGGGGCCACUUCACUCUUUGUGUGACAGCAGUGUCUGCCACUUGUUUUACCACAGGGAGAGAACAUCAUCCAUGUUAAGAUAAGAAAGAUUUGCAUAGACAGGGUUUUUCCUGGCUCAAAUUGAGGCAGAGGUGGCACCAUCCUGACCAUGCGCCACAAAGUGCAUGUAUUUGUAAAUUCAACCGAUUCACUUUCUUUUACAGGCAACAUACUUUAAGUUAAGAGUUCAAAAAAGAGUGUGACCAUUAUUAUGUUAAAGCAUUCAUUUAUUAAAACUAUAUACACACACAAUUCAGCUGGCAACUUUAAAUUGAAAGUACACUUCAUCCACACAUCUCGCAACCAGACAGAACAUUUCAGCCUCCUCUUUUUCAUUCUGUAGAACCUCCUCAUGCACUCCUUGUAGUCCAAGGCCUCCUGGUCUGGUCCAUCAACGGCCACCUUACAACAGACAUCCAAGUGCCUCUCCUUCAGUCUGUUCCACAGAGGUGUCUUCACCUUAAACAAAACAAUUCAUCAUGCAUUAAGUAUUUUUGUUUUUAUUCUGAUACAGACAUGAAGAGUGAUAGCGUUUUCAAUCAUAUAUUAUAUAUAUGUAUACACUGCAGUGUCCUCCCUAAAAAAAAAAAACGACAACCAAUUAUUUCUUAAACUAUCUAAACUAUGUUAUUUUAGUUUUUGUAACUUUAUUAGGUUUUUUUAGGUACUACCAUCUUUAAUAUAUUUCUCCUUCUCUUCUGCUGCUUUGUGAAUGGCUGUCACCUCAUGUCUUUUUAUUGUGUCCAGCCUGUAGUUGGUUGAUGGCUGUCUCACUAAGGAGGCAGCAAUUGCCUGCUGUGUUGGGGCACAGUGCUUUUGGCAUAAAUAGCAGUGCAUGCCUUCCUCAGUAUGCCUGAGCCAGGUAAAUUGAUUGAGCCAUUGCUUGUCAAAGCCACUGGCUCUGUGUUUUUGAGAAGAUCUGGAAAGAGGAAUAAAAACCACGUACACGUCGGCUUUGCGUUGUUAUGCUCCUAAUUGGAAACUAAUUAAUUAAUUACCCCCGCCUCGCCGACUCGUCCUGUCCUGCAUUCUGACACUCGCGAUCACCAGUCCCGUGUGAAGUACUUUCAGACCUGACACAAAUUUCCACGUUGUCACCAACAUGAAUUAUAGCAUUUUAACUGCCUGUUACGUUUUUUCUCUGCUGUGUUUCACCUGGACUCUUGACUUUCCUCCUCGCGAGGUCGCUUUUUAAAGUACUGGCUGAUUUUGCCUGUCAUAACUGCAACGCUAAAAACGGAGUAAACUUUUUUUUUUUUUUAAAUAAACACGACAUGCUUGGAUGCAAAAAAGAGAAGCAGUAUUUACCUGUUUGUACCAUCCGCCAGGGAAAAUCAGGACGCCGACAGCACCAACUAGCGGGAAAAAAACUUGAAAAAACAUGAGUCGAUCCGUUUCUUCUUCGGUAGAUGCUUCAGGUCUUUCCGGUGCACUGCUGUUGAUAUAGCGCCUCUAUAGUGGCGCAACGCUGCAACUGCAGUUAAAAUACGUUGCUGCUGCAGCGGGACAUCAAUCGCUCAAUCAACACAGCUGGAGCUUUACGCUGUGUUGAGCGAAAUCAAUCGCUCUGGCUGGGGGCGGCACAAAAUUAGGUGGAGGCGGCCGCCACGCAAUUUUGAACGCAGGAAAAACCCUGCCUACAGUCUUGUGCUGUGUGGGUUAGCAUGGUAAGCAUGUGCCAAUUUGCCUUAUUAGAAGAAAGGCUCAGCUCCACUCUCAACAUAGUUGCAUGUUUUUACUUGUAGAAGAUUCUCUGGGAGAAAAGGUCAAAGCUGUCACACUUAAAAAUACACCCACAUGUAAUUCAAUAUUAUUCUGCACUAUAGGGUCAUCUCAACAUUGUCAUAACACAACUAAUCUAAUAUUUUGUCAUGAUUACAUUUAAUUGAAUUUUUUGUUCUGUUUUGAGGUUUUUGCCCUAAAUGAGAUCCUCAAACUGAUAGUGUAUCACCUUAACUGUGGGAGCCAUAUCCUUCAAAAUGUAGUGAGAAUCGUUUUCAUCUGAUAGCAUUUGUAAAUUCAAUUCUCUUUGUGAAGGCACUUGUUGCUUUUUAGUUUCUCUUUCUCUCCCUCUCUCCUGUAAUCUCCCCCUCCUUUCUUUCUCUUUCUCUCUCUCUUGAGUCCAAAUUGCUUUAUUUGUCAAGUCUCUCUAUCUUUCACCCAUUAAACUAUAGCAAUCCUUUAAAGUUAUCUGGGUUAGCACACUGUCAUCGCAUUAGAUUACUAUACCAGAGGUAGAAGAAUCCCACUUUUUUCAAGUGUCUUUCAAGACAAAAUAAAUGUGUUUUUUUCAGAUCAAUAUUAUCUUGACUGAAUAAAAAAUGUUUUAGCAGAUUAAAGCAAACAAAUAAAUAACUGACAUGGAGAAGAUGAAAUAGGUUCUGAAUGUCAGCUUUAUUAAAUUUUUUUAUGAACUUACAAGCCCUAUGUUGAUGCCAUUAAAAACAAUGUUCCGCUUUGAACUCUCCAGUAUUAUAAAGAUCAGGACACUGCUUUCUUUUAUGUUUUUUAGAAACAAUAUUGUGCAGCCCAGUCCCACUUAAAUAUCACUUUUAAAAGAAUAUAAGCAACAACAGUUUGAGUUAUGGAUAGGACUAAAAGACAAAAUUACAGGUGAACAGUUAGUUGCACAAAUCAAACGAGGCUCUAUGGACUGAGGUAAACUCUCUAUUUUUGCCUGCCCCAAAAGGCAAAACUGACUCUUUGUAGGGCAAGACAGAAAUACUUUCAAAAUGAGGACAAAGCCAGACGGCGAUAAAGUCAGUUCACCAAAGAGCAGCAAGCAGUGAUGGAAUGAGGUGAUGAGACUAAACUUGAAGGUAACAUAGUGUGAACAUUUUCCAUUGAUGUAUCACCACUUUUCACUCUGUUCCCUCAAGUCUAUUUAUAAAUGAUUGUUUUCACUAGAAGUGUCACAGGAAUGAAAAAGAUGUAUUAAGGUGGACUAUUUUACUCUCCUUCCAAUCUGUGCGUGUCUGUUUUUCAAGCAUAUGUUGUUUGAGUAUUUUUAUGUUUAAAAAGGAAAUUGUCUAAAAAGGAAAUUUUCUUUUUUGGUUUUAUACUCUACAGGUAUAAUUCCUUUUUUUGAUGGUUAAAGCAGGUUGCAAUAUCAUGUAAUACCCAGCAGGGGGGAGCAACAGGCAGAAAGGCACUAUGACACACAGCCACACACAGAAAUUUACCAACACACUCUGACGCUCUGAAGCAGCACUGCAGUUCAGGUAUUUCUGAAUUACAAACCCAAUUCUCUUACAAAAUACAGCAAAUCUCAUUCUUUCAAGCCAAAAUGAAACUCACUUUGAGUUCCGCCUUGUCGUACAUGCAGUGCUCUGUAUUUAGAGAUAUUCUGUGCCUUUGUGUCACAUAAUUAUAGUGGUGUGUGUGUGUAUGUGUUUGCGCUUCUGUGUGAAUACCUCUGAUACCAUCUCUCUUUGACAAGUACGGACUUGAUGUGCACAUUCUUUUACAUGCUGGAGCGACUAUUUCCCCCAGGCACAACUCCUGCCCACCUUUUACAACUAAUCCCCGCAUGUCAAGACCUUCUGCAUCCUGUAAGCUGCUGCUUACUUACGCCGUUCUCUCAAUGAAACCUCCUGUUUUUUUUUUUCUUCUUCUUCUCUGUAACACGAUCCCUUUAUUUCCUGCUUCACACCCUUUACACCCACAUGAUCUACUGGAAUCACUUUACUCUUUGUGUAACAGCGGCGUCUGCCACUUGUUUCACCACAGGUAGAGAACAUCACCUACGUUAAGAUAAUAGAAAUUUGCAUAAACAUCCACUUUGCCUACAGUCUUGUGCUGUGUGGGUUAGCAUGGUAAGCUGUGCCAAUUUGCCUUAUUAGAAGAAAGGCUCAGCUCCACUCCAACAUAGUUGCAUGUUUUUACUUGUAGAAGAUUCUCUGGGAGAAAAGGUCAAAACUUUCACACUUAAGAAAACAUUCACAUAUAUUUCAACACUAUUCUGUGCAAUUGGAUCAUCUCAGUAGUUUCAUAAAUAUAAAAUCUGUUUUUUAAACAAACACACAAACCGUGCUACAAAUGUUUUAUCUUUAAAUUUAAGCGUUUAGAAACAAAUCAAUAACUAUUGAAAGCCAUGCUAUCAAUUUCUCACUUUUGCUCACUUAUAUGAUACUGGGUCUAAGAUGAGUGAUUCUUGGACCCAUGAGGGUUUGACCCUACUUGCUCCAGGGGGAUUCCCCUUCAGAUCAGAUAUUUACUGCCAGCGCUCGGAGUGUGGUCAGGCUCUCAGCUCUCCCCAAGGUCCACAGAAGGGCUUGUGCUGUACGAUGGAUAGAAUUUAUCGUCUCAGAAAUAGAUCUCUCCACGCUCCCUCUGGUAGUUCUCAUUCCCCCCCCAGAGCUUCUGUCUUUUUUUUUUUCUUUCUUGUCUGUGUUCAUUGACCACUCCAGACUACCAUUAAUUUUCAUUAAAUCAUUCACUCAAAGCAGGAUUUUCCCCCCCACGUCCUCCUUUGGCAGACUGUCUCAGUUUGUUUCUGUGUUUCACAAGAUUCACAAAAUAACCCUCUAUGUUUAUUUUAUACACUGCUCAAAUGAUUGAUGGACGUUAUAGGGAGUUAACUGCUUCAAAUGAUCAUUUAAGAUGCAUGAGCCAGACACACAAACCUGCUAUCACAUCUGCCUCUCAUGCUAAUUGGUAAUGUAAUGUUUGAUAUUUGCCCGGUGGGAUUUUAAACGGCCAUUACUGGGGGUUUACCAGCUCUCUGCUCUUCAUCUCUCCCUGCAUGUGUCCGAAGCAUAUUGUCUGUUCCUCAGAAGGAAGUGUGUUCUCUUUGGGUCUCAUUAGUCCAGUAGCCCCCCCAUAAACACCCAGUCAAGCCUGGAGCAUUUUUGUCCUCUAAUGAGAUCCAUCCAGAUGCUCCCUGCUCAUCAUGACAAACAGAUCAAAAAAAACCCAACCAGACCUUUUUUACUGACGCCCCCUACCAGACCAAAAAGGAAAAAGAAAAAAGACCUUUGACCCCGUUCAGUCUUGUGUAAUAAUUGCACACUGAGACAUUUAAUGCAUGUGUAACUUUUGUCAACGCUGCAUUUUUGUUGCCUGUUCUUAAAAAACCUAAAUGCUCCCAUGGAAUAAUGAGAAAACUGUACAACACUUCAGAGUAAUUUAUUAAUCCAGGAUCUACUGGUUAAUCUCUUGAUUUGUAUCACAUCUACAGUUGACGUGAAUUAUAAAAGAAACAUGUGAAUCAUAUGAAACCAGUGUAAGAUUUUCCGUUUUAAUAAGGUGUGCCUGAAAUAACUUGAAAUCUGUCCCUUGUCUCGCUGGACAAAACAGAAAGUAUAAUUCUACAACUGUUUUAUUCGGUUAGUGACUCACCUCCAAACCCAGCUUUACUUUAGCACCUGCCUAGCUUACAGUUGGAGUUCACCAUUUAAAAUCUUGUUGAGGCAGGAAGGAGCUCGUAGUAUGCAUCUCAGACUGCCUCAACAACUUCCUUCCUGUCUCAGCGCCUUAUCGAAAGGUAGACCCUAUGAACAGAAAGAGAGAGUGGUAGAAACAAGAUGAACCUCACAGAGAGUAAACAGGAUAAGAAGACACAAUCUGAUGGGAACUGUGGUGAUAUACCUUCUUGGUAGGCCACACCCCGCUGACCGGUGGAAUUAAGGUGGAGUUAAAUAAUCCGCCUCAAGCUACACUGAGUAAAGAACUCUUAAUGGUUUAGUCCACCUCUAUACAUCCUCCCUCCUCUCAUCCACCAUGUUCCUCCUUUGUGCUCCUCCCUCGAACACACCUUAUGCAAAUGGCUCUAUGUUCAGACGGCACAGCAGGCUUUGUUUACACAGCUAUCCGACCACAGCCGGUUAGCCUUCUCUGCUGUGCUCUGCUCCAGCAAAUGCGUGUUGAGAGUCUGAAGUGAAGGCAUAGCCAGUAUUGUGUUGCUAGAACCACAAGGGAGUGCAACCAAAAGCUUUUACUUUUCACUGUGGUGAGAUUUUCACAAGGAGAGGUGAAAAAAGAGAACAUUUUGUUCUUAAGAUUUGCUUGAAAAAACUCUUUUUUCUUCAAAAAAAAAUCCUCUAGCCGGGCAUUCAUUGCUGUGUUUUCAUUGGACAAGGUGGGACAUACAGUAGAUGAAGAAAAGGACAAGCGCCAACAUUACUGAGCCACAGCAUUGAGGCAGUUCAGAAGAGGAGGAUAGACCAAAGCAUACUGGAUUAAAAAAAGAAACUUUUUGAUUUUUUUGGGAGUAAAAGGGUUGGAUACUUUUUUGAGUGGAGAUUGCUGCUUUUGUUGUACUAUGCAGAAGAACUCCCAUUCAUUUUCUACCUGAGAGGAUUAUUUAAGAGAGAUCCAGAAAAAAGGCCAUGGAGUGGGAGCACAGGGACAGAGAGCCCUGCUUGUCCCCUGCAGCAUUUGUUAAUCAGGUGCAAUACUCCAAUAUCCUGGAGGGAAGGUUUAAACAGCUGCAAGGUAAGAGUUGAAGUUAGAUGUUCAUUUGAUUGAAAGGGACAUUUUCAGGCAGUUGUUGAGUGUGAAAUCUUUGUCUCUAAUGAUCAGUUUAGAUUAGCUGGUGUAAUGUAUUUAAAGAUACAGUUGACCUGUUGACACCACAGGGGAGUUUUUUGGCUCGUUCUCUGGCUUUUGGAAACAGUUGCUAAUGUGACAACACUGGGAAGUUAAUGUUAGGUUUAGCUGUACUAAGUAGCUGGUGCUGUAGUCCUACAGCAAAUGUUAGAUUGUUAAUAAGUCUCCAAAUAGCUCAGCAUUUUUCUGGCAUCGAGUGGCUACCUGUGAGAGGCUACAGACACUCCCCUCUCAUUUGGGUACUAUUUCAAAGCUCAAUGUGGAGAGAAUUGAAGAGAGGCAUAGUAAACGCUCAGUAGGCUUCAGCUCAGCUCUAAAGCAGGCCAGCAGUCUGGCACCUGAUCACUGGGCCACCUGUCUUUCUUAUCUCAUUACAAUGCAUCGCUCUGUCUCUGGCUAAAGCCUGUAAGGUCUAGGAGGUCCUGUAAACUGAAAUCACAGAGGCCUCUGGCUUUUGCGUGCCACUUUGGAAAUGAUGUAGUAACAUGAGUCUAAAUCCCCAACCCCAAAACUGACACUUCAUUGAUUCAUUUAGGAAAACUCCUCUCAGAAAGUUAGUUUUACUACCAAAAAUAUAGUUGAACUUUUAAUUUUUUCCUCUUAUCAUAAUAUGUACUUAGAAAAAGUUUUGGCUAAACUUCUGGUCUCCCAGUCACAGGUCGCAGCAUAAAGUUUUUGCGGUACCUGAGCGUUUGUGCUUCAGCGUAUGAAAAUGUCAGUCACUGGUGCACAUGAAGUUUGCAGUGUUUUGCGAGCUUCCGGUCCCUCCCUGGUUGCUGUCUGGCAUAAAGAGUAGUCUACAAGUGUACUUGUGGGGCAAGUCGACUCUCUCUGCAUGUUUGACAUUCCAGUGGACAAACAACACUCACCUCUCCUGUAUUAAGCCUUAUCCUCCAUGAUAAUAAAGAAGAGACUCGUACACUGGAGUCAUGUAUGUUUGUGAAAGUGAUGCAUGAAUAAUGAAACCUGCAUGCCGGCAGCUCCAAUACUUUUGUCUGAAGAUAAUGAUCACAGAAGAGAUAGAAUCUUCUUUUGUCAAGAUUCACUACAUUUUUACAUUUAACCACGUAGCCUCAUGCACAAAGAAUCUUAAGGUACAUACCAGAGUGUCAACUGCUCAUAGCCAUUUGUCUUUUUUUUUUAACUUGUCAGGCAAGAAAACCUUUAACUCUGUGUAAUUUAGGGGGGUCAGAGAACUGUCACAUAAUUUGUGCUGACAGGACUGAUUCACACUUCCUUACAACGAGAAUAUUGUGAAAGAGGCUUCAGAGCUCUUGGUUAUGAAUAUGAGGUCCGAGGAAUUCAGAUAAUAAUAAUGUAUGACAGAUACAUGCAUACAAAGGUUCCUCUACUUUUUCAGUGCAUGAAUAUGUCCUGGCUGGAGUUUGCUGUAAAUAUACUCAUGCACACACAUACUCAGACGCAUAAACACAUUUUGGCAACUCCCACUUGUAUUUCCAGUUUGUCUACCCUUGCGGCUCAUUCCUUGUGUCACUCCCUCCCUCCCUCGCACUAAAUUAUGAUUGCAGCAGGAAUGACGAAGUAGAAGAUGUAGAAGAUGACAAAGUAGCUUAGUAUCAUUACCAUCUCUUAAGACAAAUGAAAUCAAUUACUAACUUGCUCUUACAUUCGUAUUAAAUAUGUCAUUCUCCUCAAGUUGGUGCUUCACAACUUUUUGUAAAAGUUCAAAUUUGACCUCAGCAAUACAAAUCAUCUCCAUUGGAAAAUUCAAUAAUCACAUCAGAGCUUGCAGGAAAAAGAAAGUGAAAAAGAAAAACUGAGGUUGGGAGUUGUUGUUGAAGACAUAUUUGAACUGCUUUACCGUCAUAAAAGUACUGAACAUCUGUCAUACAGUGUGUGACUCAUUGGUAAAUGAUAUCUUACAGGUAAAGAAUGAACUGAGUAACUUAAUAACUAUCGCCAAGGGAGACAGGUUUAAUGAAACACCGGCCACAUGGUAAGACAGAAGUGAGGGGGAAAAAAACUCUUCAUCUUUGUGUCAUGGAACAGGCUUUAUUGGCAGAUGGAGGGACAGUUGCUUCCUUUUUAUAGCUUAUUCUGGCAGCUCACCCCCAUAUCAAUCAUUCAUGACUGAGUAUAUAGAUUAUUGCAUCACUUAGUAUUAAUGUUACUGUCUUUAUCAAAUGACUAUCCUGGCUCAUUGAAGAUACUAUAGUGUUAACUGUUCCACUUGAGUCUUUAUUUUGGCUCCAGAUAGAUACAUUCUGAGUUAGAUCUAAUAGUUUACAGUUGAACUGUGUGUCAGGUUAAACUGCAAGCGACUCAUCCAAAGGGUCACUGCUCGAGCAACCUGCACCCUCUGGACUUUAGUUUGUACUGUCACUCAGCAAGCAUUAGCUGGGUGACUGUUUAAAUACAAGUUCUUUGACAAAGCUAGAAGCCAUUUUUGUUUGCCCUCUGGGCUGCUGCAACAAAUAAGUACAGAGAUGAAAAAGAAAACUGACAAGCUGUCUAAAAGAGGUCUGCAGCUUAAAUCUUUAUUUGUACUUAGUUGACUGAUUUAAAGCUGUAAUUUCUAAUUGUUUUCAGUUGAUUUACCUUCAUGGACUUGUUUUCUCUGGUUAAUAUAUUCUUAUGUUUUUUUUUGUAAUCCAGUGCUGCUCCAGUGAGAGCAUUUCUAUUAAUUUUAGGAUCUGAAUUGAUACUGGGUGGGAUAAAUGUCACGUUUUGGGUCCAGUUUCAAAAACAGGGGCGCACUUUGAAUUGAAUGUUGUAACUUAAUAUUUUUAACACUCUUAGUGAAAGCUCUGACUCCUGUGGCCUCAAGCUGUAACUCAGAGUCACAUUACCUAGGUGCGGAGGGUUCACCAAACAUACAAAACACACAAACACUCACACUCAAAAUGCCUUAUUGUUUGUUCACUUUUACCAACAUUGACUGAGUCCUACAAAGAGAGCUAACAACUAAGUGCAGUUUUGGAGGCUCUAAGAUAAUUAUUAUUUGUUGACAUUUCACACCCUGUUUGUGUGCAGAUGUUAUGGCUGAGAGGUGCCUGCUUCCGGCUCCUUUCUCAUGGGAUUGGCCUUGGCCACCCCCCUCUCAUAUCUUCCCCAUUAUCAGCCCCAGCUGCAGAUGGUGCAGAGGGCCAUGACCUGGAGGACAUGUGUAGUGCCUUCAGUGCUUGCAGAAAGGGGAAGAGGACAGUACUAUAAGGGAUGAGUCUCUCUUGCCCACCUCAAAGGUUUUGUCAUUACAUUUACUAACCUGUUAAAGUUGGGCAAAAUGUCUUGCUGUACUUGAGGCCCAAAACUGUUAAAAGUGUAAAAAUAACACAUGCCACAUGUGGCAAGGCGUCGGUUUCACCACAGGCCUACUUUCAAAGUACUCAAAGGGGGGCAGUUCCGCUUCUGUAUCUGCGCUUCUGUGGGGAGAGGAGCACGUGCAUUUGUGUGUGUAGUUUUACUCACAAUUUUAAUGGGUCAUGUGGGUGGACAACAUAUUGAUUUGUAGGAAUAAUUGGAGGGAUGAUAUGCAGCCUUUUCCAAGUUUGCAGACAUGCAGUGUCAAUCAGUUGUUCGGAGGGUAAAUCUUCCAACUUCAUGAAAGUUGCAGACUCUAUUACUGUUGAAUAACAAGCUUAUGUAGACUCAGAAGGCUCACAGAAGUAUAUACUGUACAAUGAAAACUCACGACUACUAAUCAAUCUCAAUGUGAAGAAAUGGCACAACCCCUGGUUAUGGAGUAAUUCAGUUAGGUACAAAUCUGUUCUUUUGCUGAGGUCUAGGCAGUUACUGUAGUGUAACCCAUUUAGCUUGAAGUACGGGUACAUAAAAUGUCCCUUUCCUAUUUACUGUAACAUUUUUUACAAAUUCCAUUCAUCCUAUCACCCCUCAGAUGGUUUGUCUUCAUCGUGUGCGUUUCUUAGGGCACCCAUGAAGUGUUUCUCAGCUCAAACCACCCACUGGUGUCAGUACAGAAUAGCAACCACCAGCCACAAGGUUUUCAAGAUGAUUUUGACUGUCUGAGUUUGGUCACUUCUGCAUGUGGUAAAUACUUCAUGAAGUCAAAUAACAGAGUAAAAUUCAGCACGUCAGAAGUACUCCUUUGAUGAUAGUCUUGCCUCUACACUGUUAUUACAAACAGACUGUUAAAAGCUGAUGGUCCUUGGUUUGACUUUUAGUUGCUGGCUCCAGCUUGAGGAAUUCACGAUAACUAUCUAACAAUCUUCUGUUAGGCUGUAGCACUUCUUACAAUUGAUGCAUUUGUAUAGCCAUUGUGCAUUUUUAACACGUAUCCUCGUGAAUUUACUUUUUUGGGCAAACUUGAAGCUGCUUUCAUGUCAUGAUUUUUUUAACCAUAAUGUAAAUAAUAAAGUUAAAAUCUCAGUUUUCUUCUUAACUUUCAAUAACGACACAUUUUAGUUUGAGGAAUAUGUGGGUUAGCUAAUCUUAAACUACCGUUUGUCACAUUUUCCAGUCACUGUUUUCCAUGUUGCUAAAUAAAAGCAGAGCUGACUACCUCCCAUGAGCUCUUUUCACCUUACCCUUUGGCACAGAACCAUAAUCUUGUCUGUGUGAGAAUGUCCAAGGGAAGGUCAUUAAGACAGAUUAAAGCCAGCAGAUUGAUGGAAGUAGUUUACUCAUUCUUUCUAAGGGCAGGGUGACCAGAGGCAUCCAUUAUGCAAGAUCAGAAUGGGUGGGAUGUUGUAUGUCAAGACUCAACUAGAAAGGAAAGCAUGAAUGGCCAGUAGGGAGUAAGGCAUGACCUCGGCCAGAGAUGAAACAAGCUGAAAUGAUUAGCAGCACUUAACACUUUGCAGACUGCGCUGAGGCAUGAACCUCUACUUUUCCUUUAGCUCCAUGAUGGCAGUCCUUCAGAGAAAUGGCAAGUGGACGAUAUCUGCAGAAUGCAUUUAUUGCCAUUGUGUUAAGAGCUCACUGUGGUGAGCUAUGGAAGGAUGGGGUCAUUCCUUGUCCUCUUUACUGGACUGAUGCCACUGAGAGCCAAAGUGCAGUGUCAUGCCACACAGCAGAGAAAUGCAGGAUUCAAUGAGAAGGUGGUAGAAAAAAAAGUGUGUAGAAGGUUGUUGUCCUGUUAUUUUUUUCCAAUCUCAAACAGUACUUGAAUAUUCCUAUCAAUGAGAUUAAACACACAGCAGAAAUGAGUUUCAGGAGAAUGUGGAAACUGUAAACACUAAUCUCUAGUUAGUUGUGACCAACUAUCUUUGGAGUUGGUCAGAGCUGAUUAGGCAAUUACAUGCCUCUGUGUUUAUUCCAAACCUAAAUCCAACUCCAUUCAUUUAUCUGCUGCACAGUAUAAAUGGGCGACUGGACAAUCAAGAUGGUUAUUCAUCAAUGACCACCUUCUGGCCGCCAGAAAUAAAGAGUCACCUUACAAGUACAGGUUGGCGACUCAGUGGCAGGACGACGCCUAGUCUUAAUCUAAUUACAAUCUAUGCCAGCGGGACACCUUCUACUCAACACACUGCAUACUGCACAACAUGCUGUAAGCCUCAGUGGUGUUUAUAAAAAGAUAAACAGUUGCAUAAUGGUUGGACCUAUAUGCACAGUUCAACUGUUUUUGCUUACUUAAGUAACCUACAUACAAAAAAAACAAAUAUAUUUUUAUGAGGACGAUAAAUCAUAUUCUCACACUCACAUUCUUUGCAUACAAACUGCUUUAAAAAAUGCUAUUUUUUUUCUUUGCCUUUCAAGACAGCUGUUGAAGUCUGUGUCAAGUAUUUGAAGUAGUUCUUACCGGCAUCUUAAUUCAGGGAUGAAAUCUAGUAAAUGCUGCAGGUAACAUCUUUGAUCUAGUUUCAUCCAAAAAAAGUUAAAAACUGUAGGAUAAGAAAACAGAAAUAACUUAACUAUGAUGUCAACUUUGAUCCAAAUUCAAUGGCAGCAUCAAUGCAGAGUCUGUCAUGUUGUUUGUACAUGAACCUUCCCCACUGAUUCGUUGUUGUUUUAUCCAUCUCAGUAUUGUCACCAAACAUGAUCCACACAGACAGGAUUAAGUCUGGCGGCAUAUUUUCCUCAGAUUACCUGCAUAUCAUCGUUAUCAACAGUACACAAGUUUGUUGCGAGCUCAGAUAUGGGAGAAGCUAAAUCCUAGUGCCUGUAAUAGUAGAGAGGGCACACAGACUGCGCCUCUCUCCUCCUCCUCCCCCACACUGACAUAUACUUUAAGCUAGCUACCAGAGACAAACAUGCACAAAAUGACUGGACAUGCCCAAAUAUGCUUUUGAAACAUUCAGUGAUGGCUCUAACCACUAGUUCUGAUCUGCCAUUAGUAAACAAUGGAGAAAAACACUAAUCACUUGUUUUUCUAGCUUACACGCAGAGAGGUUCAGGAGGGAGUUCAGUCAGGGGACUUUAUGACGACUAUAGAAGCAAGAUUUCAAUAAGACCAAACUAAAUCUAAUCCUCGAGAGAUUAGGAGACACACUUAAGUAUGAAUGGUGGAGUCAAGUUUAACAAAUUUAACAUGUUAAAAAAAAAAUAAAAAACAGUAUUCAGUUUAAUUUAUUUUUUUAGAGCAGUAAAGUUUAUUUUAUGUUGGAUAGUAGUCAUGGCAACGCUGUUGUGUGAGGCAGUUUUAUCACAGCCCCCCAAAAAUCACACCUUGCAUUUCAGGAUGAGAGAAUAAAAUCUUUAAUUUGUCCACAUUUGAGGCAGGCAUGCAGUCAUUUUCUUUUUCUGUCAAACCAAAUUAAGAUUAUGAAAGAUUUUUAAAACUAACAAGUAACUGCAAGCUUUACUUUCUAAAAGCCCACAUUUUCCCUCUCUUCUCUCUUGUCCCCCUCUUGUGUAACAACACUGGCAGGCUCUUCAGGUAUUUUGUGUGACGUGUGCCUUAAGACUUCAAGACGACACAGUCCAGUCCUUUAUCUUUUUUCUCCUUCAGUUAUCAAGGUGAUUUUUGUUAAAAAUAAACAGGCAGACCCUUAAGCAUUUCUUCAGGUUAGUUAAAAAAUAACAGAGCAUUUAGACCUGGAUGUGCAAACUCUACAGUUGAAUUAUUUUCCCAUGCUCUUACACCUCAAUAUUCAAAUGUCACAUUGUAAGUAAAAACAGCUGCACCGGUUUUGCCCUUAUCUACUGUGGCUGCAACUGAUGACAGGUUUGUGUUUGCUCACCAUAAUGAGCAAACACAUCAGGGACCGUCGUCUGUGUUUGUCUUGUCCUGUGCUCUUGUUCAGUUGCCUUGUUAUUAGCUGCACAGCGUGAGGUGGGAAGCAACAUUUCUUAUUUAGGACCCCUGUCCGCCACAAUACCGCCUUCUCCUCAGAGCGGGGUGCUGUUACAACAUGACCAGGUAUCAGAAGGAAUGUAGACCCGCCACUGUACAUGCACCUCACCUGGCAUAGUAACCUGUCUCUGCUGGCUUGAACAUCUUCAGAUAUUAGUGGUUCCCUGGUUUGUAGAGCAAUUGUUUAUCCUGGUACGUGAGAUAAAUGAAAUUGUGAGAUAGAAGAAAAGACGAGGUUUAUUAGGAGUCUGUUUUCUAAAGCUUGAAAUAAACUGAUGACAAGAAAACUCAAGCAGACUUCACUAUGGUAAAUAGAUGUCUGAGGCUAAGCUCAGGAUUGACAUUUUGACUGAUGAUGGCUAUUACAGUUUGAUGCCAUAACAUUAUCUUGUUUGUCUGAUAUCCUUGAAUUACAGCAAACCAGGAAGAAGGACACAUUUCUCCGAGCCAUGCAUGCUGAUUGCAAAGAAACCUGUUUCUUACAGCUGCUCUUACAGCCGAACAACAAAAGCCUCGGGGUCAUUACUGUAGUCCAUUGUUUAAAUAGUUUAAAUUAACAUAUUUUUGUGCAUUUCUGUUUCGUAAAAGCUUUACUCUAAAACUGCAUUUGACACAUUUCUAUAGCUCCUCGUACAGUUUGCAUGUAGACACAGACAUUAACCCUAACCCAGUUAUUUUCUGCAGAGUGUGGACUAGCAAACAUAAUGAAAUAUUGUCUUUUGCUGCUGGUCAGAGCUUUUCCACAGAUGGUGCAACUUUAGCAUUUUUAUUUCAGAGCUAGGAUUCCAACAAACACAUUUCAGAAGUGUUUUUCUUUUUUUACAGUCCCUCCUAUUUCUGUUUCGAAGCCAUGAAAUAAACAGAAUUACACUUCAAAAGAAAAAGAAGACAGUUUGAGUCUGGUGGGGGUUCACAGGAGACGAGGCGCUCUAGUCUUUUGGCUUACAGAUGCAUUAAUGUGAGCAUGCAUACAGUUAGGAAACAUGCCCAAUACUUAUGACAGUUUUUGUCUUCUACAUUAGAAAAUGAUCAGCAGAAUCCUAUUGGGUUUUUGUGUCACUGCAGUGCUAACCACAGAUAGCUGUUGCUUAUUUCAAAGUAGUUUAUAAUUAGAGGAAGAACUGUCAGCUUGCAAAAGAUCAAGUGUUACUCCACCCCAAAGGGGCUGUGGGAAAUUUCUGAAUCUGUUCUUUUACAGAUAGCCGUUAGAUAUGGGUUAAUUGCAUAACCUGAUAUUCAGCCACCUGACGCUCAUCUUUUAGGGAGUAAGCUGGUACUUGUUAAGCAACCAAAUGUCUAAUAAACCACACACAGCCACUUGACCAUGUCUCUCUGUCACCUCUAGCCUUAUUUCUAUGACAUUUGCAAUAGUUUCUGUGCUAAAAGAUCUUUUCGAGGCUCUUUUUUUAAAUUCCACAAGUCCUGCUAUUAAUGUCUUGACCUUGUGAUUUAAUCUCACGGCGCACCUUUGAAAAAGACUGUACUCAACUUUCUGACCUUCACAAUCUCCCUGUGUUACACAAACUGCCUUGAUAUUUGGACCUUGCCUUUGGGUUGAAAGUCAGCUUUGAAAUGAAAUGCAUUUGAACAUUACUGUAGCUUUUGGCUGCAAGCUCCCCUUACAAGUAUUUCUAUUUAAACUGGCAGCUGAAUGUUUUUGAUAUACAAAUCAAGUUGGUGCAUUCAUUGAUUUUACUCUUGAAAAGAACCACACUCUCUUGACAGUGAAAGAAAAAAAAAAGACCUUUGGCAACAUUUUACUAUGUAUUAAUGGACUAAUGGCAGCUGUAGUGAAACAGGAGAGAAAAAGGGCUGACAGACAGAGGAUUUUUAAAAGAAGAGUAAAUCUUUUCCAGAAAAAUGACCCUUCAGGGCAGCCGUCUUUCACAUCACUUCUGUUUCUUUCCUUUGAUGUAUUUGUGUUGCAGCACGUGAAACAGAAGUUACAGUUUGGAGGUUAAUGUUGUCACAUCCCACUGCUUUUAGAUGUGCUGUAUGUGAUACCAGACACCAUGACGAGUGAUCAUAGCAAACUGAUCUAUCUAUCCUUGCGUGUUGUACAGUUAAACAAUACAGUCUCACUCAAACUGUGUCUAGUCAUGGUUUUAUUUGUCUUGACCAUGAUCAUAUAUCAUUUCACACUGUUUUGGCUAAAUAUCACAGAGUUUAUACUCUCAUUUGUUUUCUGUCUGCUCCAGGGUAGUUGCGUGUUGGCCCGUGUUAGGUGCAGUUCACUCAGUACAAAGCCAGAACAGUGCUUUCAAAAGGCAGAGGGAGACCUUGUGUCCUGGAAAUGAGGUCACCUUGUUAGGUGGCGGAGCAGGAUUAGCUUCUUACUCCCCUGGUCCAUAUGUCUGAGCUGCUGCUCCAGCUUAAUUUAUUGUGACACAUUUUUUUUUAGUUCUGCUCCUACAAAGAAAAGAAAAUUCUAAUUAAAUGCCAUCAUUGUUAAGUGCAGUUUUGCAUUGUCAUUUUUUUUUUUUUUUUUUGUAAACUCACAUAAUUAGAGUAAUCAGCAGAGCACACAUGAGAUGAGCCAACAGUACAUAACCAGUCUGAAGAGUGAAAACCACUCACUAAGCUGUCAAUGCUGUGAUCCAAGAGAUUUAAUGGCAUAGCUUAUCUGUGAAAUGAACUGCUCAGGACCAAGCUUAAGUCCUUAUGAUUUACUGUCACCUGUCUGCUCUCCAAAGUGAUCAGAGUUGGAGACACGUUUUUUUUGUUUGGAGCCAGAUUUAUCAUCUACGAUCAUUUCGCUGACAGUAAUGAUGUUGGUAAUGUCUCAGUCAGCAGAGUGUAAUCUUGGAAUGUGACUUCAGGCUCUUUCUCCUUGUGGUGUGCUUUGCAGAUGAACGUGAAGCAGUACAGAAGAAGACCUUUACCAAAUGGGUGAAUUCCCACUUGGGCCGAGUGACCUGUCGCAUCGGUGACCUGUACACUGACCUGCGCGACGGCCGCAUGCUUAUCCGCCUCCUGGAAGUGCUCUCAGGAGAACAGCUGGUCAGUAACACAGAAAACACCUUUUCCUGUCCUAGCUCUGACCCCCGUGUGACUAUCAUUUGCACCACGAGUCUAUUAAAAGCAGAAAAUCAUGUGCUUCGUUUCUCCUUUUCCCCAAAUUUGAUUUCCCUCUAGUACUGUUUGUUUUUCUGUUUCAGUUCCAAAUGUCCCUUCCCUGCAUUUAUGUUGUGAUCACUUUUGUUCAAGAAAUCCACAAGUCUGAUUACAUUUUCUUCCCCUCUGACAGCCAAAGCCAACGAAGGGACGCAUGCGCAUCCACUGCCUGGAGAAUGUCGAUAAAGCCCUGCAGUUUCUUAAAGAGCAAAAAGUCCAUCUAGAAAACAUGGGCUCCCACGACAUUGUGGAUGGGAACCACCGUCUCACCUUGGGCCUCAUCUGGACCAUCAUCCUUCGCUUCCAGGUAACAUUCAGUGUAGCCUCUGGGUGCUCUGUUCAUUGCACUGUCAGCACAGCUGCCAAGUUAUCUAACCUUUUUACAGACUGAGUUUGUCUCUGCAUGUAGCCAAGUCCAUCCUCAGGCAAACUCAUAAAAAAUUGUUUUUGGGAUUAGAUUAGAUUUAUUAUGUAGUUCCUCCACUUCUCAUUUUAGUUAUUAACUCUAUGACAUUAGGUGUGACCUUGUAGUCAUCUUAAAUUCUGUAUUCUGCUAGGAUGGUGUAACAUUAUGUAAGAGGAUAUUAACAGAAUGAACUCUCCUCUGACAGAUCCAGGACAUCAGUGUGGAGACAGAAGACAACAAGGAGAAGAAGUCAGCUAAAGAUGCCCUCCUGCUCUGGUGCCAAAUGAAAACUGCUGGGUAAGACGGGACUGUGUGAUGGGAGACAAAAUGGGGUUUUGGGAUCAAAUACUAUGGAUAGACUCGGUCAAAGAUAUAUUUAAUCAUCAAAGCUUUAUCGAGUUUAGCCGGAGUUCCUACUGAUAAGUGUUGUUAUGCUGUGUUAAUGAUUAAUGAUGUCUGAUCUGACCUCCACAGAUACCCAAAUGUCAACAUCCACAACUUCACCACCAGCUGGAGAGAUGGCCUGGCGUUCAAUGCCAUCGUGCACAAACACAGGUCAUUGACAUCUUUCUGUACUUAAAAUGACACACUGGUCCACGUUAGGUAUACAUACAGUUUAAAUUACUGUUUUGAAUGAUCUCCUCUGGUAAGUGUAGAUUUAAGAGUCGUAUUCGUCAUAAGAAAAUGGUGACAGCCUCUCUUUCAUCUUUCUUUGCCUAAUGAGCACCUGUCGCUCCACUAUUACACUUCUCUGGGGUGUUUUUCAUCCCUUCUCUAUUUAGGUCUCCUUCUCCUCCCAUCCUUUUUAGCGAUGAAAGGAUGAAAACGAAAUAGGGAGUGAGAUGACCUAGAUCACAGAAAUAAUAACCCACUUAUUUUCUAUGAAGGAGCUAUGUUGGUAACUCACUUGCACACCCUGCUGGUAAUAACGUCAUUAAUAUCAUUGAACUAAAAGCCAAAGGUGUAGCCUAAACUCCACAGUCAUAUGCAUCAGGUUGCGUUGUUUGUUACACUGAAUGCUUAAGUGACACUUGAUACUUGAAUACCAACACUGCUUUCUUUGGCGUUAGUGAGCCAUAAACUGCUUGUGUAAACCAUGACUUUGCUAUUUACAUGAUUAGGCCUUAUUCAAAUUACACAUUUGCAGCGACUCCUUUCUCUUUGUUUUUGAAGCAUCUGGAACAUUGCAUACUAAAUAGUAAAAGAUUUAUGACCACAGUGUGUUUCAAAUUUGGGACAAAAUUUCAGAACCUCAACAACAUCCAUAGCCAUGCUUGUUUGUCACCAGCCUCAUGAUAUAUAGCCUUCCUAACUAAUUUUACUUCACUCUGAUGCUUAAGUCACCUCAAAUUAAGCAGCUUGCUUAAUCCGCUGAUAAAAAGCCUGCUUUCAUGCUGAAAUCCAUGAAUCGUUCGUUCGUUCGUUUAUUGUCCACAAGUGGAAAUUUGUCUUUAAUCUCAUCGUGUACAAAAAACAGAUCAACAGCAACAAGGACAGCAGCAACAGACACAUAACAAAUACACACAAAACAUCUUGGCAGCAAAAGAGGGAGGACAACAGUGUAAUGUACUGCACAUAACAGACAGAUCUAACCAGACAUAGGCCUAAUAUCAUUCAGUGCCCUGAUGGCGUUAGGAAUGAAUGAGUUUUUGAGGAGGUCAAGAUCUGCCUGAACGAAGUAUAACGAACUCACUGUACAGUGGGUGAGAAAGAUUUCUUUGAAUGUAACCUGGUCUAUAAACAAAGAUGUGCAAAGGUGUAUUUCCUUUAUAAUACAAGACAGUGAUUUUGUAUUUUAGCCCAAAAGACAUUGCCACUUUGUUUUCAUUCAGCCCCCCAGUGUAAUCUGUACUUAUUAAACCUGUAAUUGUUCCCUGGCCUGUGCAGACCCGACUUGAUUGAGUUUGACAACCUGAAGAGGUCCAACGCUCACUACAAUCUCCAGAAUGCUUUCAACGUGGCCGAGAAGGAGCUAGGGCUUACCAAGCUGCUGGACCCAGAAGGUGAGUGUGUAAAUCUUACACGAAAACAAGAAGCGUUCCUGAAAGUCACGCCGAUGGUCUGAUACUGCCCACUUGGUACUAAGCUGGUGUCUGUUGUCUGAAACAGCUUGAUGGGUCAGACUACAGAGGAUUAUGGGAAUUAAUUCUAGCUUAGACAACACUGCAUCACAUGUUGGCUACACCGACACCUCAAAAAGCACGUCUAAAGACAGAAACCGUUUGGCACCUUGGAAGAUCUAAAUAAAGGCUGUUGUGAGAGCCGAACUUCACCGUGUUGUUUGUGCUGAUGUUUACAGUCACAUGACCAAAAGAGAAAUAACUCAGUGCAAAUGCAUCAACCUUUCUUUUUUUCAGAUGUGAAUGUUGAUCAGCCUGAUGAAAAGUCCAUCAUUACCUAUGUGGCGACCUACUACCACUACUUCUCGAAGAUGAAAGCUCUGGCAGUUGAGGGCAAACGAAUUGGCAAGGUUAGCUUCGAGUAUUUGCAUGUUUUUUGCUUAUCAGUGUGAGAGUUAAAGCGAGUGCUUGAACCCUCCGCACCAGUUGCUUCAUGCAUCUCUUUUGCUUGCAGGUGCUGGACUACGCUAUUGAAGCAGAUCAGCUGAUAGACAAGUAUGAGACCCUGGCAUCAGAGCUUCUGCAGUGGAUCGAACAGACCAUAGUGACGCUCAACGACAGGCAGCUAGCUAACUCACUGAGUGCUGUGCAGAACCAGCUCCAGGCUUUUAACUCCUACAGGACGGUGGAGAAACCCCCCAAGUAAGAAAUAAAAGAAAGCAGGAUGAGUGUAACUCAGUGAAGGACCGAGUGCACAUAACACUGUACUUCCACCAGAUCCAUAUUUAGCUUGUCUCCUCUUUGUCCUGGUUUGGCCCUGUGCUUUCUUGUCCAUCAACACUUACUGCCUACAUUUUCAGAGCAGCACGGAGCAGCAGCUCCUGACAGCUAGAGUCCUGAGACCCAAGAAUUUCGAUCAGUAAUUACAGGAUCAAUGGUUUUCUACCUCUAUGAUAAGCUCCCAACCCCCCAUUCAUGUUUCCUGGAUUCUGUAAAUCUGAAAAUUACCUCGAUGUCAUCCAGCUGUUUCAGUGUCUGACUUGCUACCUCACUUAAUCUGCCCUAUAGCUUGUUAACGCCUUACUCCAGCAUCUGCCAAAAACAGAAGCUGUGUAUCUCUUCUGCAGAGGGCUACAGAUUGCUGGAGUUUAGACAGAGCAUACACAGCGCAGCCAGUGGAAGAACACACAUUGACUAGAGUGAAACCUAUCGCUCCACUUACACAGCAGAGUGAAAAAAAAUAAUCUGGUGGAAGUUCCCUGUAAGCCAUUUGGAUCGAUGUGUGAACCUAUACUUGAGAUUAAACAGAGGUGGUGUCUGUCUGUCUCCACAGGUUUACAGAAAAAGGAAACUUGGAGGUUCUCCUCUUCACUAUCCAGAGCAAGAUGAGAGCGAAUAAUCAGAAAGUUUAUAUGCCAAGAGAGGGCAAACUCAUCUCAGACAUCAAUAAGGUAUGGGUUUUGUAAAGUGGUCAUUUUCUAUCAAGAAAUGUGGAAGUCACACCUCAACACCAUAAAGUGAAUGAAAAAAAAAACUAAAAAUAAACACCUCAUACUUUGUGGUAAGACAUUCGCUUUAGUUUGUAGUAAACCAGGACUACUGUCUUCUAUUCAUGUAAAAUAUGGAUCACCAUGCUCCAUUGGUAUCCUAGUUGUAACAAACUCUGUGGUUUUUGUUUGUGUUAUAGGCGUGGGAGCGACUGGAGAAGGCUGAGCAUGAAAGAGAACUGGCCUUGAGAAAUGAGUUGAUCCGUCAGGAGAAGCUGGAGAUGCUUGCUGCACGUUUUGACCGCAAAGCUGCUAUGCGGGAGACAUGGCUGAGUGAAAACCAGAGGCUGGUGUCUCAGGUAGAGAAAAAACAUUGAAUUCAACACAAAAUAUACCAAGUGUUAGGUUUAGUUGAAGUGGUAUUAGUGAAUAGUUUACCUGUGCUAAGAGAAUUUUCCUUUGUUAUCAGGACAAUUUUGGGACUGACUUGGGUGCAGUUGAAGCUGCCACUCGUAAACACGAAGCUAUCGAAACAGACAUUGGGGCUUACUGGGAGCGCGUGGCUGCUGUGGAGGCUGUCGCCAAAGAGCUCGAAGCAGAGGGGUACCACGAUGUGCGGCGAAUACUUGCAAGAAGGGACAAUGUGCUGCGACUCUGGGAAUACCUCAAAGAGCUUUUAACUGCACGCAGAGAGCGUCUGAAUGCCCACCGUGACCUACAGAGACUGUUCCAGGAGAUGCGCUACAUCAUGGACUGGAUGGCCGACAUGAAGGUAAUGACCCAUUCAAUGAAAAACACAUCAUGCACACGUGAUUUCACUCAGCUGUCUCUUUAAACCUCUGCUGUGGAUUCCUACAUUCUCUCGGGGUUGUUUUUCAUGAACACAAAGGUGUCUUAUUAAUCCCCUCAUUACAUUUAUUGUUGUCCACAUAUGUCCUUAACAGCUUUAGUGUCUGAUCGUAAGAAAGGACCAUUAACGGCAGUAAUUAGCUAUUUACAAGCCUAGUCUGAGCCGUGCUGCGUGUCAGUAUUUGCUUUACUGAGCUUGGCCAGGAUACACUUCAAUCCCUGAGUGUGUAUUUGUGUGUGUGUGUUUCUCCUUGAAAUGGUUUAAACCAGCAACUCCGUUCCUCCAUGUUUUGAUAUGAUACAGGCUGAAUUUGUCUGUUCACGCUGGUGUCGCCAAAUGCAGUCACGGACACAGCAUUUUAAAUUCCUGCUCUUUUCAUAGAAGCCUUUUAGCCUAAUUACCGUCUGGGAGCUUCAGAUAUCUGCAGCGUCAUACAUACAGUGCUCUUGAGUAUCUGUGAUGCAGGUUUGCUGUUUGAAAUGAUGGCACCGCAUCUCUAAUGAAAGGACUGUCAGCCAGGCUAGCAGUUGUUAUUAAGGCUAUGUAGCUGUUGGUUUAAUUCCCUGUUAUACUGUGCCAGUAAAGCGUUGCUCAGGUGUCAGAACUACUCAUCUCUACAUACAGUGACUUUGAUGUAACAUACUUUUUGUUAUGAAUGUUUCAAACAGAGCACUCACGCCUGUCUACUCUGCUUCAGAUGUAAUGUUUCAAAUGCACUGUACGACUCUGAGGGCUUGGUCUCAGCAGCCGCCCACCAGCUUUGAAAAAACAUAGAGCUAUUUGUUUGUUAUGCUCUUUGACCUGCUCUGAAGUUAGUAUUUGAGGUUUCCUCUACAUGACUAAAUUGUGAAAGAGAGUCAGUGUGGUUUAUUUGAUGGUUAACAGCUGUUGACAGGGUGGAGAUAUAAUUUGUCAGUGUUUGUUUGUCGAGGGAAGAGAUAAGACGGACUUGAAACCAGUUCUUCUUAAAUGCUUAGUUUAAACUAGGACCUUGUGGUUUAUGUCUAUGUUAUUCAGUCACCUGUUACUGUAUAAUUAUAGUGCUUGUUUACAAUUUAUCACUUUUUUAGAAAUGAUCUUGCUGUUAGUUAAUAAACUGGCGGCUCAGAUAAGAUAAAUUCUCUGUGCCUUUAGUUGAAUGAGGCUCUGGCUAUCAGAAACUACCCUCUGCUUUGAUUUACUUUUUCAGAAAUUAUUCUAAGUCGGUAUUUGAAUAAGUCACCAAGCAUGUGCCUCUGAUUAUGACUACAAUUCAAAUUAAAAAAAAAAAAAGAUGUUUAAAAGUAUUUUUCCAUGACAAUCAGGCCAACUUGUCACAGUUAAAGGAUUUUUUAUGAAGGUGAAAUAAACCAAAUGUGUUUUCCGGUUUUACAGGGUCGUCUACAGUCUCCAGACAGCGGCAAACAUCUACACGAUGUGUUAGACCUUCUGCAGAAACACACUCUAGUCGAGGCUGACAUUUCAGCGCAGGCAGAGAGGAUAAAGGGAGUUCAGGCAGCUGCACAGCGCUUCACUUCCUACGAACAGCGUGAGUCCACAAUCAUAUCAUCACAUCUGUGCAGUUUGUUCUGGAUAAUUUUUCAAAUGAAUUCCUACCGCUUGUUUUCGUGUCUCUUUUAUUUUUAUUUAUUUAUAAUGAUUUUUUAUAUUUAUUUUAUGUCAAUUUUUUAAUGUUAUGCCUUGACUAUGAUUGCAGCUGCUUGAACUGUGCAAUUUCUUAACAAAGAGUCAAUCUACUGACUGUCCAGCUCCAGUCAGACCUAACUGUGCACAAAAUAGAAUAAAAGCUACAUAUUCCUGCCUUUUCCUCUCCUCAGCCUACAAACCGUGUGAGCCGGGACUAGUUAGCGAAAAGGUAGACCAGCUGGGUCAGGCCUACGAAGAGCUCGGUCAGCUUGCCGGGCAGCGUAGAGAGCGCCUUGAAGACUCCCGCCGCCUGUGGCAGUUCCUGUGGGAUCUCGGGGAGGAAGCAGCGUGGAUUAGAGAGCAGGAGCAGAUCCUGGCCAGUGGAGACUGUGGCCGUGAUCUCACUUCUGCCCUUCACCUGCUCAGCAAACAUGAAGCUUUCAGAGAUGAGAUGGCGGCCCGCUACGGCCCCCUGAGUAACAGCAUUGCUGUGGGAGAAGCUUUGGUCAACGAGGGACACUUUGGAGCCCCAGAAGUCACUGAGAGGAUUCAGGACAUCCGUGCACAGUGGGCACACCUGGAGGAGGUGAGGAUUGAUGGAAGUGUGAAAGUGUGACUUUAUCUUUAAAUAAUACUUCCUGUUUUCUAAUCGUCUUGCUCCCUCUGCUUCCCAGACAACCAAGCUCAGAGAGCAGAACCUUAAAGAAGCAGUCGCCCUACACCAGUUCCAGACAGAUGCCAACGACAUGGAGGCGUGGAUCAUGGAGACACUUCGACAGGUGUCCAGUCAGGAGGUGGGCCACGAUGAGUUUUCCACCCAAACUCUAGCUCGCAAACAGAGGGAAAUCGAGGAGGAGAUCCAGAGCCACCACCCUCUCAUCGACUCCCUGCAUGAGCAGGCCCAAGCACUGCCACAGGCCUUUGUACAUUACCCUGAGGUAUGAGCUGUUUGUGUUUCAUCCUUGGUCAACGUUGACAAACUGUUGGCUGAACUCACUUAUUGUUAAUCCCUUUGUGUAGGUGGAGGGUCGUUUACCUGCUAUUGAACAGCGCUAUGAAGAACUGGAGUCUCUAUCAGCCGCUCGACGACAAGCUCUGGAAGGUGCCCUUGCCCUUUACCGCAUGUUUAGCGAAGCCGGCGCCUGUCAGCUCUGGGUGGAAGAAAAAGAAAAGUGGUUACAUGGCAUGGAGAUCCCCACCAAACUGGAGGACCUGGAGGUGGUGCAGCAGAGGUUAGUCUUGCUGUAUGAGAGAAGUAUUUACAUACAGAAGGUUUGAUUUAAAGAAAUGUGAUAGCUGAACUAUUGUCUGUUAAACUGAAACUAAUAGUUGCGAAAUAAAUGCUUAGAGUAUGAUCAAAAAUGACCAAACCAAACAAAGAUGGAAGUGUUGAUGACAUGUCUCAGCAAAUACAUCCACUAUUAAUGAGAAAUAUCUUGUUUGAAUAAGGGUGGAGUUUUUAGAAUUAAAAGAUUAAUGCUGAUUUAUUGUGUUUGACUGCAGAUUCGAGACGCUGGAACCUGAGAUGAACAACCUUGGCACUCGUGUCACUGAUGUGAACCAGGUGGCCCAGCAGCUUCUUGGCUCUGACAACUGUAACAAGGAGCAGAUCAACCAGACACGGGACCAACUUAAUAACAGGUCAGAGCUGACAGAUAGAGGCCUCUUUUUAUCCCUCUGUUUAAUGCAUAAAAGAAUUCGUUCUGAAUGAGAACUGGAGUUGGUGUUCAGGACUAAAAACUGUAUUUUGCGUGAUCCCUAGAUGGAAGGAGUUUGAAAUACUGGCUGAUCAAAAGAAACAGGGCCUUGAGUCAGCUCUCAACAUCCAGAACUACCACCUGGAGUGCAAUGAGAUUCAAACUUGGAUGAAGGAAAAGACCAAAGUGAUUGAAUCCACUCAGGGACUGGGCAAUGACCUUGCUGGAGUGAUGGCACUGCAACGCAAACUCACCGGCAUGGAAAGAGACCUGGAGGCCAUACAGGUAAAGAGAUGUCAAUACAAUGUACAGUAUGUAGUGAGAUGGUGAUUAACAAAGCUGUGCAAUAAAUGAUCUAGCAGUGAGGUCAACAUGUUGAGGUGUCUUGUCAUUAACUCCUCAUUUAAAUAUUUUUCAGGGCAAAUUAGAUGACCUGAGACAAGAGGCGGAGAAGCUGGCCAAGGAACAUCCAGAACAGGCUGCUGAGAUCCAAGCACGUCUGGCAGAGAUUCAGGAGGUGUGGGAGGAGCUCAAUGCCACCAUGAAGCGGCGUGAGGAGUCACUGGGUGAAGCAAGCAAGCUGCAGGGCUUCCUCAGAGAUCUGGAUGACUUCCAGUCAUGGCUGUCCCGCACCCAGACAGCUGUUGCCUCAGAGGACAUUCCCACCUCCCUGCCUGAAGCCGAGAGUUUGCUCGCCCAGCAUGAGAAUAUUAAGAACGAGGUGGAUAACUACAAGGAGGACUAUGAGAAGAUGCGCGCCGUCGGUGAGGAGGUGACCCAGGGUCAGACAGAUGCCCAGCACAUGUUCUUGGCCCAGAGGCUUCAGGCACUGGACACAGGCUGGCACGAGCUGCGUUGUAUGUGGGAGAACCGCCACAGUCUUUUGGCCCAAGCCUUUGAUUUCCAGACCUUCCUGAGAGACGCGAAACAGGCAGAGGCUUUCCUCAACAGCCAGGUGAGGAAAUCACAAUCAAAGCUUUACUGCCAGAGGACCUUGUUCCCACUUAUUCAAAUAACACUUCAUGUCCAGCCUUAUCAGCAGUGUUUGGAAAAAUUCAAAUGACAUCAUGUCCUUAAAAUACCGUAGAUUAUUGAACCACUGAAAUUGAUGAUAAAGGCUCACAAAGAAAGUAUGAAUCUGAUAGUAAAUGAAAUGUUUCAAAAUGUAAGAUUGUGUUUUCUGACAAUGCAUACUUCUAUACUUCACUUAUGUCAUGAAAACAGAAACCUACUGUCAUAGUACAAAUAUGGAGGGACUAGGUGUUGAUUUAUAUUCAAGGACAAAGCUGCAAAAUAUUGGGAAAUUAGCUGAAAUUGAAGGAUUGUAGAGAGGAAAUUGAUUACAUUCCUUUCCUAUCUGUGUAGGAGUACGUGCUGUCCCACACAGAGAUGCCCACCAGUCUGCAGGGAGCAGAGGAGGCCAUUAAAAAGCACGAGGAUUUCCUCACAACCACGGAGGCCAGUGAGGAGAAGAUUACUGGUGUAGUUGAGGCUGGACGGCGCCUCAUUAAUGACUCUAAUGCGAACUCCGAUAAGAUCCAGGAAAAAGUCGACUCCAUCCAGGAAAGGUUAGAGCAAGACUUAAAGCAGAGAAAAACCCUUCCUAUUUAAGACUGUCGUAAUUUUCAGUUUUAAUUUGACUUAUUUACAUUUCUCCUACACUUACUCCAGGCAUCUCAAGAAUAAGAAAUCUGCAAACGAAUUGCUGUCCAAGCUUAAAGAUAACCGUGAACUUCAGCACUUCCUGCAAGAUGGACAAGAGGUAAAAUUAUUCACUUUUGGUUAGAAUUAGUAAAUGUUUUUUUAUAAAGGUUAAGUCAUUUUCCUGAACAUUACCAUGGUAUUGGAGAUAGAUAUGACCUCUUCAACCAUAAAUACUUGGUUUUAGAGCAUGUUUUAAUUACUUGUGUUUCUUUGCGGUAAUAUGAUGGUCUUCUCUUUUUGUAGCUCACUUUGUGGAUCAAUGAGAAGAUGCUGACUGCACAGGACAUGUCUUAUGAUGAAGCCAGAAAUCUUCACAGCAAGUGGCAGAAACAUCAGGCCUUUAUGGCCGAGCUGGCCUCGAACAAAGACUGGCUGGACAAAAUUGAUAAGGCACGGCUAAUUUUAGAUGAAUUGUUGUAUUUAAUAAGAAAACUCAUCAAGAAUACGAGACUUUUCACAAAUGUUGUAUCAUGAAACAAUCUGCAUUAAUGUUCCUGUAAGGUUUAGGCAGAUAAAAAAAAUUCUGUUGCUAUUUUUUCAAAUAAUUUUAUCAUAACCAAGUCAACCUUUUAGUUGUUUGUUCAAAAAUGAUCAAACAAAAUUUUAAUUUUGGCACUGUCUCCAACAGGAGGGUCAGGCUUUGGUGGCGGAGAAGCCAGAGCUCAAACCUGUUGUUCAGCAAACCCUUGAGGACCUGCAGCGUCAGUGGGAAGAGCUGGAGAACACCACCCGCACCAAGGCCCAGUGCUUGUUCGAUGCUAACCGGGCAGAGCUGUUCACACAGAGCUGCUCCGCUCUGGAUGUGUGGCUGAAGAAUUUGGAGGGCCAGCUGCAUAGUGAUGACUACGGCAAAGAUUUAACCAGUGUCAACAUACUGCUUAAGAAGCACCAGGUAGACUUCAAUACAAAACAUGACUCUGUAAUGUUGACCGGUAUUUAGAAUGCAGUAGAUAAAACUAACCAGCUAACUAACUCAGACUAAGAAAGAUUUAAAUAAAUGUAAGUAAAUUUAAGUCCAGAGAUAUUCUAAGAGUAUGUGGUAGAAAUGGCCAGAUCUGUUCAGGAUUGGUAGGAGACAAACAAAUGUCAAAUCUCCCUAUCCUGACAUCUUUCUAAUAUCCUUUGUAGAUGUUGGAACACCAAAUGGAGGUCAGGGAGAAGGAGGUGCAGUCCCUCCAGUCUCAGGCUCUGGCCCUGACCCAGGAGGAUGCUGGGCUCGCUGAAGUGGACGGGCAACAAAGACGUGUGACUGACAGCUUCUCUGGCCUUCAGGAUCCUCUCAAACUGAGGAGACAGCGACUCCUUGCCUCUAAAGAAGCACAUCAGUUCAACAGGGAUCUAGAGGAUGAGAUUGUAAGAUCAUAUAACCUUACUGACAGCAUGGAUUAGACAUGUAGAGUAUAGUAUUGUGUGUGAUUAGUAUUCUGUAUUGCCCGAGCAUCAUGUUUAAGUGAUUCUUCUGCUUGUAUUUAAGCUUUGGGUGAAAGAGAGGAUGCCUCUCGCAACCUCCACAGACCACGGAAAAGACCUGCCAACUGUACAGCUACUAAUCAAGAAAAACCAGGUACAAUUAUAUUAAAAAAGAAAACUGUAAAACAUGCAGUGGAAAAUUGAUUGAUGACUUGUGCUUUGAUUGAAAUCUUGCAGUCUAAUUGUGAGAAAAAGAAAGAUUAAAAAAAAAAUGUUUUCUCUGAGUUCAGAUAAAAAGUAGUGAAACGUUGAACCUAACUUGUCUCUUCUCUCUGAAUCAGACUUUGCAGAAAGAGAUCCAGGGCCACCAGCCUCGCAUUGAUGACAUCCACAGACGAGGCCAGACUCAGAGCCAGGUGGACGGAGAGAGGCAGUCUGUCCUGGAGGAGCGCCUUGUGGAGCUGAAGGACCUCUGGGACCAACUGAUUGCUGAGACGGACAAUCGUCAUGCACGCCUUGUAGAGGCCAACCGUGCCCAGCAGUUUUAUACAGAUGCAGCAGAGGCUGAAGCCUGGAUGGGAGAACAAGAGCUUCAUAUGAUGUCUGAGGAAAAAGCCAAGGUUAGAGGACACUAAAUAAGUUCAUGGUGCCAUUAUUCUCCACUCUGUUGUUGGCAGCUAAAGUGAUUAUUCUCUAAUGUGUCUUUCAGGAUGAGCAAAGCGCUCUGGUGAUGGUCAAGAAACACCAGACACUCGAACAGGCCCUUGAAGACUACGCACAAACAAUUCACCAGCUAGCAAACAGUAGCCGCCUCAUGGUCACCAGUGAACACCCAGAAAGGUGCACUUAUGGAUCUAAACCAAAAUUGCCUUCCUUACUGUCAGUUUAUAUAAUUUGGCACUUCAUAGAUAAAAUACUGAUUGAUUGGUUUCAACUGUUACAGUGAGAGAAUCACACUACGACAAGCUCAAGUUGACAAGCUGUACGCCGGAUUGAAAGACCUUGCUGAGGAGCGUCGUGGACGGCUUCAGGAGAGACUUAGGUUGACCCAGCUGAAACGUGAGGUUGAUGACCUGGAACAGUGGAUAGCAGAGAGGGAGGUGGUCGCAGGUUCCCAUGAACUAGGACAGGAUUAUGAGCACGUCACUGUGAGUUUUUUUCCCCUCAGUAACAUACUUAACGGACGCAGAGAAAUUGAGCUGAACUACCGGUAAUUGUUUCCUACUUUCAUCCUGUUUACUUUUGUUUUCCACAGAUGCUGAGGGACAAGUUCCGGGAAUUUGCUCGUGACACCAGCACCAUCGGCCAAGAGCGUGUUGAUGGUGUCAAUGGGUUGGCAGAUGACCUGAUUGAGUCGGGUCAUCCUGAGAACGCAAGUGUGGCAGAAUGGAAGGACGGGUUAAACGAGGCCUGGGCUGAUCUGCUGGAGCUGAUAGACACACGCACACAGAUGCUGGCAGCCUCAUAUGAGCUGCACCGCUUCCAUCAGGACGCCAUGGAAGUGCUCGGACGAGUUAAGGAGAAGAGAGAGGGGCUGCCCUCUGACCUUGGCCGUGAUUUGAACACUGUUCAGCACCUACACAGACAGCACAACACAUUUGAAAAUGACAUCCAGGCCCUCAGUGGACAGGUCCGAUUCUUUUUUUAUCCAGAUAUUUCACGUAAGGUUUCAAAGAGAGCUGCGUAAAUAAAAAUCUAAACAUCCCGUCUUUGAACUCAUAGGUAAACCAGGUGCAAGAUGAUGCAGCACGGCUGCAGAAGGCCUAUGCUGGAGAGAAAGCUGACGACAUUCACAGGAGCGAGCAUGCUGUCACUUCUGCCUGGGAGGGUCUGCUGGAGGCAGGUCAGGCCCGCAGGCUCCUCCUGCUGGACACCGUGGAGAAGUUCCGCUUUUUCAACAUGGUACGAGACCUCAUGCUCUGGAUGGACGGUAUCAACCUGCAGAUCGAUGCACACGACAGCCCCAGGUUAAUAUCCUCUUAAUGAUCUAUUUUUCCAGUAACAAUAAUCAAUACCGCUAUGAUGACAUUAUGCAUAAUCUAACCUCUCUCUGCCCUUUCGGAUAUCACAGGGAUGUUUCUUCUGCUGGGUUGGUCAUUAACAAUCAUCAGGACAUCAAGUCAGAGAUUGAGACCAGAGCAGACAGCUUUACUGCCUGUAAUGAAAUGGGAAACACUCUCAUCAACAAUAACCACUAUGCAGCUGAUGAGGUAGCGUGCACUGGGUCAUUUGAACUGUAGCUUGCAGUCAUAUUGAUGCAUUUAUUAAAAGAAAAAAACAUACCUCAUGUUUUGUCUGCUGAAUAUCACAAAAUGUUUGUCAUUUUGUUUAGCUUCUUGUUAUUGAUUAUUUCUUAUUUCACAGAUCCGGGAGAAACUGGCUCAACUCCAAGAAAAGAGGGACAGGAUCAACAAAAAGUGGCAGGACAAGAUGGACCAUGUACAAAUUGGUACGCUCAACAUGUUUACAGCCAAUUCAAUGAGACACUUAUUAAUCAAACAAUACCUUGACAAACAAAAGAGAGUGUGUUAGCUGAUGUGGACACAUUGGUGUACAGAAGAAAGAUAAAGGAUAAAAUGCAAACAGGAAUGUCCAGUUUGAAGGUCUGCCGUUUCAAAUGCAAAUUCCUUUCCCUCAGCUCAUACUCGACAGAGCAUACACGUUACAAGGCAUUUAGGAGCACUAUGCAAAGUGCUCUUCAAAGCUUGGUUGGUUACACAAACUUGAUUGGUGCUGAUUGUGCAAUGACAGUUGAAGAAAAGAGGGUAAUUGGUUUGUUUGUCUUUAUUUUCACAUUUGCAGCCUUUCUGGCAGCAACAAAGUGGUCAUAGUGCAGUCAGUGGAGCCAACUUUUUUGGAGCUGUUGUUGGCCCUGGGUGUUACAGGAAGUGCCCAGACUCACUGCUAAGUCCUUCUUAAGCUGUUAAUGUCUUUUUUUUUCUAAUGGCUUUUCUCGCCCUUCCUUCAGUGCUGGAGGUGUUGCAGUUUGGACGUGAUGCUUCUGUGGCAGAGUCGUGGUUGGCAGGUCAGGAACCUCUUGUGAGAGCAGCAGAACUGGGGGCAAAUGUGGAUGAAGUAGAGAGCCUAAUUAAGCGCCAUGAGGCCUUUGAGAAACUCGCAGCAGCCUGGGAGGAUCGCUUUGUGCUGCUGGAGAAACUCACAACAGUAAGUAGAAAAACAACUUGUUCUGUGUUACUGAUCGACAGAGAGUCUCGUUCUCUGGGGAUAUGAAAAUAAGUGCCGAGGUAAAGUUAAUGAUACUGAGGUUCUCUUAUUUUCAGCUUGAGGAACAGGAGAUCCAGAGGAGGCGAGAGGAAGAAGAGAGAGCACGGCGACCCCCAACACCCCCUCCGGUUGAAGAAGUUGCUCAGUCAGAGACCGAAAGUCACAUGCAUGAUUCUGCAGCCAGGUAAAAAAAACUGGAAAGAAAAGGUCGCUUUUGUGAUCAGAACAGUUUGUGUUUGGAAGUGGACGACAUUUUUGAUUGUUUUCAACACUUAAUGUCCGUUUUGUCUCACUCUCUCUCAAACAUAGAACUAGUCUGGACCAGACCACGCUCAAUCAGUCGGUGUCAGUGAACGGAGUCCACAGUGACAAUGACACAUCCCAGGUGAGAUUUGUUGAAAGUGAUUUAAACUUUAUUCAGUGAUGCAACAAAUCAAUUUUUUUACCUCUUGUACAAUGGGAUUUUUUUAUCCUUGAGCUCUACCAUGUGAUGUCCUGUAAUGUCUUUUCUAUGUUGUCUUUACUCAUCUUCGAUAUCACAACAUUUAUAUGUAUGAAGUGUUAUCGCUGUUCAGCUCUGUCUGUUUUAAAAGGUGUGAUAUUUUUGUACAUCUAUUAUAUUGUAACUGUAUGUGAAUGUGCAUACCAGUGUUUGUCUGUCUCACACUGUUAACAGUCGUUUUGGUUCAUAUACUAUUAUUAACUGCUACUAUUAAGUUCUUAACUUAAAGUCAGUUUAUGAAGUAUGUUGAAUACUUAAAGUGCUGAUUUGAGCUACAUAAGUACAAGAAUUAUAUCAUUAUUUAGAUAUUAUAUGGGAGAUAAGAGAAGUAAGUGUAGUUCUACUAGGGGUUUGCAGACACCACCUCAGUGACACUGAAUGGAUAACACAGGACACAUAUGAGGAGGGAACUGGUGCUUGUGUAGGAUGAAGUGAACUUGGCAUUUCUCUGGGAGGAUGAUGGCAGUAUACAGUGCAUCCAUCUGACACUGCAGAGACAUAUCAGUCAAAGAGAGAGAGUAAUUCUCUGUUUGAUUGAACUUCUCUAAAUUUGUUUCAAUCUACAGCUUUUGUCAAAUGUUACUAUUUUGUUGGUUAACAUCCUUACAUUAAUGUGUCUCACAAUCAAUUGUGGUAAAAUACUGACAAAGCCCUCCAAGUGUAAACCGUUGACUCUUAACUUUCAAAGACUUUGUAACAUUUUCUUAUUGCGUUUUUACCAGCAGUCAUUAUCGCUAUCGUUGUCAGUGGGAAAGAAAUCAGAGCCUAAACGUGUGUGUAAGCCAAAGCAGCCGGAGCGUGUGAGUACCAAGCUUUGGUCAGCAUUGUAGCUUCUCCUCGCCUCCCCUCACAGCCUCCGCUCAGCUCCUGGUCAACAGCAGUGCCUCUUUUUUUUCCGAUGAAGAAGCCUCUGCCUUCUGUCACAGAUGCAAACCAUUGCUUUUUUUAAAUUCAUGCACCUUGUGUUUCCAUCGAUCAGUCCCAUUGCUGUUUGAAGGCAUGAUGCUGAUUCAUGAACAGAUAGUUCUAAUGGAUCAGUAUGCUGUUGCUUAUGUGCGCUUUUUGACCAGGACAGGAGUGACUGUAAUUGUGAAGCCCAGAGUUGUAAAUGUGGUGAUAACUGUAGCUGUCGGAAGUCCUUUUAUAUGUAUCUUGUUUCAGUGAUUCUUUAUACCUGUGAUCUCCCUGUGGUGUGUCCCUCAGUAGUGUUGGGGAAAAAAGCAAAAACAAACUUAUUAGCUUAUCAUACUUAAUAGUUCUGUCACAACUGAGUACUUUAGAAGGGUUGACUUUUGUUGCUGAAUUUUGUGGUGAAGGAAUAUAUGAUACAAAGAAGCCGAAGUUUAAGAGAUAAGCUGUAUUCAAGGCCUUAGAAGGUUGAGUGUGUGUUUGUGUCUGUUGUUUUUUGUGUUAGAAUAAUGAGUUAUGAUGUCUUCAAUUAUAAAUGAUCAACAAAUGACUGAGACUUUACUGUAGAUUAUCAUAUGGGGGACAAAAAAAGUUUAUAUUUUAUAUUUAUCUCAUCCUCUGUCCCCAUCAAAUCUGAUAAAACAGGUUUAUGAGUAUUUUAAUCGCAUUAUUUUGAAAUAUAGGAAAUUUCACUGUCAGUUUUUAAAAGACUGCAUGUUUCAUAUGAGUGUUUAGUUUAGCUGUUUGUCUAGAGUGAGUGUAAUUGUUGUGUGUGAAGUCAGUGUACUGUGAUUUUGUCAAAGCUCUGUACCCAAACUAUGCUAUUGCGUCAGGUAAUCAUACGGUAUCAUCAGAGCGAGUCUUAUCAUGCCUUUCAUCUAUGGCUGUGAAUGGUCGCUUUGCUGCUCAGUGGUACUCCCAUCCAUCCUUUAUUUUUCCUCCAUCCUCACCACACGACAUGUUCUGGUUUGGACCAUAGGGCUCGGAGUCGGAGUCGGUGAAUGGACCCGGUAGGGACAGUGGGCUGGCUUCCUCUCGCCUUGAGCCAUCCGCCACGUUACCGAGCAGGGGCGGAGCAGAGUCUGAGCCCGAAACCAUGGAGGGGAUGCUCUGUAGAAAACAGGAAAUGGAGUCUCACAGCAAAAAGGCAGCUACCAGGUGAGUGCUGUUGCGCAGGUUUACUGCAGAAAAUCAGUGUUUUUGCAUGUUACCUACUUUGUUUGUAAUCUGACUUCUUUGCUCCCACAGGUCCUGGCAGAACGUGUACUGUGUCUUAAGAAAAGGAAGUCUUGGUUUCUACAAAGAUGGCAAGAGCGCUAGCAACGGCAUUCCAUACCACGGGGAGGUACCCAUCAGCCUUGGGGAGGCAGUGUGUGAGGUAGCCCACGACUAUAAGAAGAGGAAACAUGUAUUCAAGCUCAGGUGAGAGGAAACAUGGAAACCAAAACCUCAGAGCAAGAAUUCCUAAUAAAGGGUCGAGCAGAAUAAUAGAAAGUUUGAUGUAUAAGACUUUGUAAGUCAUCCUGAGCUGAUGAGUUCCUCUUCAACUGUGUUUACAGGCUAGGAGAUGGAAAAGAAUAUCUGUUCCAAGCAAAGGAUGAGGUGAGAUAUAUACAACUCUUACUCUGCUACAAUUAGUGCAACUCCAAUAUCCUGGUGUUUAAAGUUCUUGUUUUGGCGCUGAUUGUUAGAGCAGGUGUCCCGCACACAGACGCUACAGUCCUCACUGUACUGGUGGUCAGAUAGUUUGCAUAAUUUGGUGCAUGUCAUUCCUCCACACUCUUCUUAAAUUUCUUGACUCUCUCAAGUUAUUCAGUCGAGUAAAGGCCAAAGUUUACUUUAGAAAAGAUUCUAUGAUGUGAUUUGUUGCCCAAAUGCCGAGGUAUAACAAAGGUUUCUGACUUUCUAAAGGCGGAAAUGAGCUCCUGGAUCCGUUCCAUCCUUGGCUCCAUUCCAACAGGACCAGGAGACUCGCCUGGAGGUUCUCGGGCGCUGAGCCGUGCCAUGACUAUGCCUCCCAUCUCCCCCAGCUCAGGUGAAGCAGGAGGUGUUACCAUGCGCAACAAAGAUGGCAAAGAGAAGGAUCGCGAGAAGAGGUUCAGCUUCUUUGGCAAGAAAAAAUAG